AUGGUUUACCUGAACAUAGACUUUAAUAUUUUGAGAAACCAGAAUAUGAUUGGUAAUAUAUAAAUUACUAUAUUGAUUAAAUAGGAAUGUAAUAGUUAAAUAGGUUCAUAAACCAACUAUUUCUACCUCUAUCGCAAUUACUAAUGAAGAUAAGGAUGCACCGAAUGUUCAUUAUAUCUAUAUAUGCACUAAAGUAUUCUUUAAAUUAUUACGAUUAUAGGGAUAACAAAAAGGAGCUAAACAAUGA